AUCUGUAAAACAGAAAGAGACAGGAGAUAAGCAUGACAAAAUAUAGGGAAGAAAUAACUUUUGCCUAAACUUCCAAAUUGUGUACAAUUGAAGCCUCUGCUUUAUAGCUCUUAGCACACCUCUCAAAUAAGAAGGCAGUACUGGGAAGGCUCUGAACCUGUGGCAGAACCACUGAUAGCUGUGGAGCUAUUCCAAGGAGUCUGGGAAUCAGGGGGAUUAUCAAGAUCAUUGUUAGAAUAAAUUAAUCUUACUGUAUAUAUAGCAGAAGUUUUCAAGCAUAUGUAAAUGCUACUAAUAACCAAAUAAUUACACCUUGUUUUUCUUUAAACUGUAACUCUCAAGUAUGUCUCUACAUAAUUUUUUGAUGGUAGUGUCUGCAUGCUCAAAAAGCUUGAAAACACUACUGGAGAAGAAGGUCUCGGGAGUGUGAUGAAAUACGUUUACAUGGCAGCUUCAUCAUUUAAUUGGUGAAAGUGACUAUGUGUCUUAAACUCUCUGAGCCUCAGUUUGCACAUCCAAAAGCAAGGAUAUAAUUCCACGAACCUUUCCACCUCAAGUCCACAAGGCAGAAUAGCAAGAUGUUAACUGCCACUCUGAGGACCACCAAAUAAAAGGACAAUUUAUUAGGCCACUUGCCAGCAUGGACACAAUCGACUCUUGGCAUUUCUUAUUAUCCACAGAAAAAUUAAAAGUAUAAAUGUAGAACAAAAUUAUCGUGUUUUUUUUAAUAGUAACAUGUAAGAUCAAUCUUUGUCUUUAAAAUACCGUGUAUCUCAUUCUUGGAAAGCGUCAAAAUGAAAAUGGUAUAGUAAGUUUUAUCUACAACUUGAAUUAAAAUUAUUCUUGAAAUAUGUUCUGAAUGGUUAGAUGAAAUGGUAAUUAAAUACAAAUAGAGAUAAUCAUAUACUCUCUCUCCAUAAGGCUCCCACCUCCUUCAAUGAAGUCUAGUUCACCUAAAAUGACACUAUUAACAUUAAUUCAAUAUUAUAAGUUGAUAAGCACAUUAAAUCAAAACACAGCAAGAUUAUUUUAAGAGUCUGACUGAAAUGUCAGGAUGAGAAAUAGAUUAAUAAAUAUUGGUUUCUAAUGUCGGUAAUGAAAACAAACACGUUGUUUUCAGAAAAUAAAAGGUCUUCGCCAUUAGGUACAAAUCAUAAAGGGAUUAUCUACGGUUACUACACUGUAACAACUUUUUACAUAUUGUAUUAUAGAACAAGCUUUUGAGAAGACAAAGCAACACAUCAGCAGUUUAACCAAUUGUCUUUCUCUUUUAACAGGCUGGUCUACAUUAGAUUAGAUAUAAAAGGCCCAGGUACUACUUGUGUUCGAUCUUAGCCAAAUGGCUGAGAAACAUCCAGGUACAUUUAAAUCAGUGACAAAACAAAACACUAUCCCUUAAUAAAAUUACAUAAAAUAGGAAACAUCUCUUACUUUAAGAGCAACCAUGGUACUUGUUCCUAUGGUGAAAACUGAUGUUAUCUCGAUUAGUUAGUUAUUCAUCCCAACACCUGAUCUUGCUCCCUUUUCCACCUCUAGCUAUGUUAACAAUAGAGUUCAGUAAUUUGCUGAUAAAGAAUCUUAACUGCAGUAUCUAACAGAUCUUAGUGAUUAAGCAUAUGACUUACCCUUUGUACAGAUAAGUAAACUGAGGCCAAAAGAACUGAGGUAUCUUAUUAAAAAUCAGAGAGCUAGUUAGUUGAAAAGUCCACCUGUCCUUUCUUUCCACAUGUCUCACCAGAAAAACAGCAAUGGUGAAAAGUCAACUCUGUUUUUAAUGGGCCACUUUGUAUAUUUUAACUGUUAAAAUAAUCCAAGAGGAUAGUAGUCAUAUACGAAGAUCCUUUAGAUAUAAUGUGUAGGACCAGCAUUAAUUUAAUCAACCAAGUCUCCUCUCAUUGAAUUGUUAAUUCAUAAUUACAAAGAUGAAAUUACAGUAAAUUAAGAAAUACUGUAAUUUCAUUCUCUCCAAAAAGUAUACAUUGAAGUUUGGUGAAUACUGUUAUAUUUUCAACUAGUAAAUCAAUGUGCCAAUUCUGGGUCUUAGGCAUAUUGUAUAUACUGGAAUGAUAUUCACUUUAAUUAAAUUUGUUUUGAGAUGUAGAAUGUAAUACAGAUCCUACGUGUUUUUAAAAGUUCACAUCAAUUUCAAGCUUUUAAAAAUGUAUGUACACAAGAAAGCUUCUUUUGCAAUUUAUAUGUUUACAAAUGUUGCCAUUAGCUAAGAUAUAUUUUGGAAUGUGAUCAAACAAUAUUGAAUGUCAAGUCUUAACAGCAGGGCUGGUCUAAGGAAUUCCCUCUAAGCUAAAUCUGAUCCUUUCAUAUGUGGCUACUGCUCUUUUAAACUACUGUAUCCCUAAAGGGCUAAAAGGAAGAAAAUCCUAACUUAAUAAGUGAAGGCAGCAAGGCAUAGUAUUUGAAUGGCUACCUUUCAUUUUAACUCUACUUCUUCAAUUCAAAAUUGGAUUUGGGUUUGUUUCAAGUUGUUCACAAUUUACUAACGAAAUGUGCAUCUCUCAUUCUUCCCCCAAAAGAAAGAAGUCAUCCACUCCAGCUACAUAUAAGUCUCCAAUUUCUGUCUUACAACUAAACGUGAAAACCGAAAUACCACUCAUUGAAAAAAAAAAUGUACAGAGAAUUGGCAGGCUGCAUGUUUAUGUGAACCUUCAGAAAACAUGGAAACACGCAGCCCCAACUCACCAGGAAAAUCAACACUUGUGAUCAAACUAUUUUGUGACAUUUUAUGUCUUUCAUACAUUUCACUUCAUAUCCAGUAUUCCAGUUUUGCACCGGCUUGCCUGUAUCAACCCCAAAUCGCCUGAGAGCAAUCUAGUACUGUAGCAGAACCGUUUCAACAUGAAGAGUUCUGCUCAUCGCCUGUGGCGUGGUCUUCGAAACACCUGAAUCAAACAUUGAUUCCCCUCCCCCUGCUAUUUAAAACCGAGGGACGUCAGGCUUGGGUUGUAGGUAAAGAAAAGCCACAAUAAUCAAACAAGCAACCAAAAUACCCGAACACGGAACACGCUAAGAACAAAGGAAACACAAGAGUGUGAACAGGAAAUGAAGCAACUCUACACCCAUAAAUACCUUCUGGGGCCGCCAACAUAGGUAAAAGUAAAGGUGGAGUCUGAGUAUCUGAAAUCUGAAACAGAAAGUCCUGUCAAAAGCUAGCUACCCCUGGAGUGGAUUUGUUUUAACCCCGAUCAGGACUUGGGCCCUCCAUUUGGAGGAGUCAGGGGAGGCCUGGCCGGGCGGGAGGCGAGGGCUAGAGGGCGGCGAGGUCUCUCCGCGCAGCGUCCGAGGGGAUGCGGCGCGCCCCCGACUGGGUGCAGCGGCAGGCCGCCCCCGGCAGCAAGUGCCGGGUGCCAUGGCAAUGGCGGGAAUUUCCCGGUCGGGGAGGCCGGAAGCAGCCCCAGCCGGGCUCGCGGCAGCGAAAGCAAAAUCCGAUCUCUCUCCCGGGGGAGCAAAAUGGACGAAAGGCGACCCCCCAGGCAGGGGCUCUGGGUGCCUUGGGAAUCCGAGGAAUCCCUUCUCUUUGCCAGUCGGAGGGGACUAGAUGGAGCCGAAGGGGCCGGAGAUGGGCCGAGCGCUGCCCCCCGGGGGUCCUCGGUGCCGGGCGCAGCUUACGAGCAGCGCAGCGCAGCAGGCUCCAUUCCCGGCCGUCGCCGCUCAGCCCAUUACGCAAACCUGGCGGGUCCAACCAACCCCGCUCUGCCGCCGCUGCUGGAACCCAGGAGGCGUGCUUGCAGGCUUCGGGCACUACGCGGGGCUGGAAAUACCACGCACUGCCCCUUCGCCUAGACCCCCGCUCGGGCCACGCGGGUUCUGCCCUCAAAGCUGGUAGCUGCCCCAGACUUGGGGGUGGGGGGAGGGGAAGGGGCGAGGCUGGCGCCCCCUCCCGCUUUUGGCUCCCGCGUUGGUUGCAGCAGCUGUUGCCAAAUGAACCCCGGAAUGCGGACGUGCAAACCCUCCACCCCAACCCCAGCCACACACGUCGCGGUCAGAGAACUGGGAAGGGGGCGCUGGGUCCGAGGUUCUGGAAAAGCAAGAACUCACCUGCAAACAGGCAGUCCUCAGCUCUGGACUUCUGGAUCACGACGUCGAUAUCCUUCUGAAUUCGGUCUUGCCUUGAACACAUCCCCAUUAAAUAAAUCCCUGGAAAAGAA